CAGAGGCCGGGAGGGGCUGCCGGUCCAGAGGAGUGAAGCAGCCUGUGUCCAGAAGCAUCCGAUAUCUCCAGGCGAGCAACAUGGAGGCAUCUGGCAGGACCCCCACCAGCCCAACCCACAGAGUCCAGAAUGUCAUCCAGAACAGCCCUCUGGACCUGAUUGACACGGGCAAGGGGCUGAAAGUGCAGACGGAAAAGCCUCAUUUGGUGAGCCUGGGCAGCGGCCGGCUCAGCACUGCCAUCACACUCCUACCCCUGGAGGAAGGAAAGACCACCAUUGGCACGGCCAUGACAGACAUUGUCCUGCAAGGCCCCGGGCUGGUGCCUCAGCACUGCUACAUCGAGAACGUGCAGGGGACGCUCACCCUGCACCCCUGUGGCAACAUCUGCGCCAUCGAUGGUGUGACUGUCCGGCGGCCCACACGCCUCACCCAAGGGUGCACCAUCUGCCUGGGCCAGGCCACUUUCCUCCGCUUCAACCACCCUGCCGAGGCCAAGUGGAUGAAGAGCAUGAUCCCGGCGGGGGGCAGGAGCCCAGCGGCUUUCUACGGGCUGCCAGCAAAGCCUGAGGCCCUGGUGAACGGGGGCCACCAGCCGUCAGAGCGUGGGUGUCCCAGCCAUAGCUCCCUCGUCAGCUCAAUAGAGAAGGACCUGCAGGACAUCAUGGACUCACUGGUGCUGGAGGAGCCGGCAUCCCCUGGCAUCCAGAAGCCACCAGCCUGCGGCCAGUCCCCCCUCUCCCCUGUGGUGAACGGAGGUGGACGCUGCCUCCUGUCCCCUCCAUCCAGCCCCGGCGCCGCCUCGGGAGGCUCCAGCUAUGAGAACUUCUCUCCGCUGUCCUCCCCAGCCAGCAGCAGCAGCUACACCAGCCCCUCGCUCAGCAGCCAGGAGCAGGGGCCACCCGUGCCCCCCCUUGUCCCGCUCCGCUCCUCCAGCUACAACCACACUGUGCAGCCACCCACCCUGCCCAGUGGGAGUCCCACUGAGCCUUGGCCUGUUGAGAGGCUCAGCGACCAUCGGGCAGGCAGUCCCCGGCUGACACCCAGGGUGGCACCGCGGCCACGGGUGGCCCUGCAGGAGAGGCCCCCGAGCCCCUUCCGUGAACUGCGGGACUCCCUGGUGCCCAGCCGACAGGCUUCGAGCAGGGCAGUCCCAGAGGCCCGACUGCAGCCCCCUGAGAGCCCACGGCUGGCUCGGAGGAACAUGGAGAGCAUGCGGGAGCUGCCCCCCCUGAGCCCCUCCUUGUCACGCCGGGCCACCAGUUCCCGGGCAGCUCCUGAUGCCCCCUUCCCACAGGCCCGGCUGGGCAGGGAGGUGCCUGGCAGUCCCCGUGCAAGGCUCAAGGGCUCGGAAGAGUCGAGAGGUGCUGGGAGCCCCUCGCCCCCACUGCUGGCAGAGACCUCCACACGCCGCCCCAGCUUUGGCACUUGCCUGAGCCCAAUGUAUGGGCUGAGCUCACCGGCUGUGCCCUCGCCCCAUCAGAGCCCCCGUGCCCCCAGGAAGCCUUUGGGGGACCCACGGCUGCCCGUGGGGCCACGAGAGCGCAAGAACAGCAUCACUGAGAUCAGUGACAACGAGGAUGAGCUACUGGAGUACCACCGGCGGCAGCGGCAGGAGCGAGUUCGGGAGCAGGAGAUGGAACGCCUGGAGCGGCAGCGCCUGGAGACCAUCCUGAACCUCUGUGCUGAGUACACCAAGACGGACAGCACUGAGCCGGGUGACGUGCCCCAGCUCCUGGCUGGUGAUGUGGAUGCUGGCCGGCGGGUGCCCAGGGGUGCCGUGCCUCUGGGUCGUGCAGCUGAGGAGCUACGGCAGAGGGAGAGCCUGGUGAGAUCAGAUGAGGAGAACUUGAAGGAGGAGUGCAGUAGCACCGAGAGCACCCACCAUGAGCACGAGGAGUUGACGGGACCCCGGGCCAAAGAGGCGCAGCGGCUGGAGGAGGAGCGUGCCAGCGUCCUUGGCCGCCUGGACCAGCUGAAGGGCCGUGUCAAGGAGCUGGAGCAGCAGCUGCAGGAGACAUCACGAGAGGCAGAGAUGGAGCGGGCGCUGCUGCAGGGUGAGCGGGAGUCAGAGGCGGCACGGCUGCAGCAGGAGCAGGAAGCAGUGCAACAGCUGCAGGAGAAGCUCUCCAGCCUGGAUGCCAGCAUCCGCAAGGAGCGGGACAAGGAAAGGGCAAAGAUUGAUGCUGAAAGGAAGGAGCUAGAGCAACUCCGGGCGCUUUACCAUGAGUCGAAGAGUCACCUUGAUAAGUGCCCCGAGUCAAUGCGGGAACAGUUGCGGGAGCAGAUGCGAAGGGAGGCAGAGGCACUGGAGACAGAGGCCAAGCUGUUUGAGGACCUGGAGUUCCAGCAGCUGGAGCGUGAGAGCCGCCUCGAAGAGGAGCGUGAAGCACGGGGCCAGCAGCUCCUACAGAGCCGGGCCGAGUGCAACCGCAGCAUUGCCCGCAGGAAGGAGCGGGUGGCUGCCCUGGAUGCCCAAGCUGCCCAGAUUCGGCUGCAGAGUGCCCAGGAGGCCGAGCGACUGACCAGGGAGCGGAGUGGCACCCUGCAGCUCCUGCAGAAGGAGAAGGAGAAGCUCAUGUCUCUGGAGAGGCGAUACCAGCUCGUCACAGGUGGCAAGAGCUUCCCCAAAAUGUCCUCCGCUCUCAGAGAAGAGACCCUCCAUAUCUCAGAGCCAUAUGAGCUAUUGGAGGGAACUAAGUCCUUGAGCCCCCUGCCAGCAGCAGCUGCCUCCUUAGCUUCUCCUGCCACCUGCUCCUACCCCAAGGCACAAGAGGAGUACAUGAGGCUGUCUGACGUUUUCAGGUUCUGCAGCAAUGCUCAUGGCCCCAGCCUGGACACUAAAGCUUCUGCUGCUGCCCCUGCUGCUGCUCAGCGCUCUUUCUUGCUUGCUGUACCUCCAGCAGCCGACGAGUACGUGACUGUUGAGCAACUCUCAGGCAUCCUGGGCAGCCUCCACACCCCUGCUGCUUCCUUGCUGGGCUGCACCCCUCCGGCCCUUUCAUCCUCCGGCUGCACUCCUCCUCUUCAAUCUCUCUCUUCUCCCUUCAUCUCUGCAGAGAUGGAGCAGCAGCUGCCGGGAGGCCCCGCGUGCCUCCCGGCUCUUGAUUUAGAGAAAUGGUACCAGGAGGUCAUGGCUGGCUUUGAAACCUCCUCUUGCCCUGUCUCUUCUCCUUCUUCCCCUCCUCCACUUCCAGCUAAAGCUCACUCCUCUCACAAGGCUCUCCAGGUCUAUCGUGCAAAAACAGAGGGUGACGCUGGUGUCCCCAGCCCUCGGAUGAAGAGUGGGACCCCCUCGUCCUCACAGCUAAACCUCUCUGUGCUGGGGCGCAGCCCCUCGCCCAAGGGCCCCCCGAGCCCAGCGGGCAGCCUGCCCCGCAACCUGGCGGCCACGCUGCAGGACAUCGAGACCAAGCGCCAGCUGGCCCUGCAGCAGAAGGCCAAGCUGCUCCCAACAGAGCCCUUGCAGCCGGGUGAUUUACCAGGUCAGCAGGUGAUUGAGGAGCAGAAGCGACGUCUCGCGGAGCUGAAGCAAAAAGCGGCUGCUGAGGCGCAGUCCCAGUGGGAAGCCCUGCAUGGGCAGCCCCCCUUUCCCACUGCCUUCCCCCGGCUCGUGCAUCACUCCAUCCUCCACCACCACCGUUCCCAUGGCGCUGGGCCCCGGGCUGAGGAGCUGGACCAUGCAUAUGACACCCUUAGCCUGGAGAGCUCAGACAGCAUGGAGACCAGCAUCUCUACUGGCAACAACUCUGCCUGCUCACCUGACAACAUCUCCAGUGCCAGCGGGAUGGAGACAGGUAAGAUUGAGGAGAUGGAGAAGAUGCUGAAGGAGGCACAUGCUGAGAAGUCCCGGCUGAUGGAAUCCCGGGAGCGGGAGAUGGAACUGCGCCGGCAAGCGCUGGAGGACGAGCGCCGGCGCCGGGAGCAGCUGGAACGCCGGCUGCAGGAUGAGACUGCGCGGCGGCAGAAGCUGGUGGAGAAGGAGGUCAAGCUGCGGGAGAAGCACUUCUCGCAGGCUCGUCCCCUGACACGGUACCUCCCCAUCCGCAAGGAGGAUUUCAACCUGCGGCUGCACAUUGAGUCCUCGGGCCACAGUGUGGACACCUGCUACCACGUCAUCCUGACUGAGAAGAUGUGCAAGGGCUACCUGGUCAAGAUGGGGGGCAAGAUCAAGUCUUGGAAGAAGCGCUGGUUUGUCUUUGACCGCAUGAAGCGCACCCUCUCCUACUACAUGGAUAAACACGAGACAAAGCUGAAGGGUGUCAUCUACUUCCAAGCUAUCGAAGAGGUUUACUACGACCACCUCCGCAGUGCUGCAAAGAGCCCCAACCCUGCGCUCACUUUCUGUGUCAAGACCCACGACCGUCUCUACUUCAUGGUGGCACCCUCGGCCGAAGCCAUGCGCAUCUGGAUGGAUGUCAUUGUCACCGGGGCAGAGGGGUACACCCAGUUCAUGAACUGAGGGGGGGUGCUGUGCACCCCAGAUCCACCACUUGGAUGGACUCUUGAGGAUCCCAAGCAGUGAGGAGCUUCUGCAGGGGCCACAGCCCCUGCUGCACCCUGUGCCAAGGGGUGUGCACGCCAUAGCAGUGGAGCUACACUUGGCCCAUGCUGGGUGGCACUGAGCAUUGCCUGCUCAGCCAAGGGAGUAAGAUUUUUUAUGUUGACUUUUUAAAAACAACAUUUAUUUGAAAAAGUGCUCAAAUGUAACAAGCUGCCAAAGAACUGCCAGGGCUUGAGCUUUCUGCCAUGGGGAGGUGCUGGAUUUGAGGCAGACACUGAUAGUUGCCACAGUGUUCCAGGGAGGGACUGUGAGGCCCCCAGCUGGCUAGGACCCCCACUGAGGAAGACCCAGACCCCUCUUUGUAAACCUUUUGUAACUCCGGAUCGGUGUCCCUCUUCUCCCGACCGUGCCGUGGCCGGAUGGGGAUUGUAGGGCUGCCCAGCCAUAAAGCAUUUCACAAA